UUUGAGUUUUAGAGGAGGGGAGCUGGUGUAAAUAAACACAAAAUUUCACGUUUUACACAUAACGACAGCGUUCGGGUGCUUGUGUUUAGGGCUGUCGUGAAAAUGUCGAGUGACGGAAACAAGAAGCAGUUUUGGAAAAGAAACGCAGCGAAGGUUCCCGGCAGCAUUCAGCAUGUGUACGGCGCACAACACCCACCUUUCGACCCACUCCUUCAUGCUAACUUAAUUAAAGCAGGCAACAAGCCUCCUCCAGCAACACCGGGCAAGCCCAAGAAGGCUACCACCUUCCAGGAGUUUGAGAGCAUCACGAGCGAUGCCUGGGACGUUGGGGACGAUGACGACGAGUUACUGGCCAUGGCCGCACAGAACCUUAACAUUGAGGUGGUCAUGGAGACUGCGAAUAAGGUGAUUGAGAAUCACAGCAAGCAGCAGGAGAGACAGAGACUGGAUGACACGACAGAGCUGGAACAAAGAGAAGAGGACACACAGGAGGAGGUGGCAGAGGAAGAGGAGGAGGAGGGGGAGGACGAGGAAUAUGAAGAUGACAGAGUGGAGGAGGGUGAUGUUACCAGUCCAGAGGUGUCAUUUGCCUCCCAGAGCAGCCCUUACACUGAUGGCCGCCUCGUCAAGUCCCACAGCGAAGCUCCAAUCGGGUCACCGAAAGAUACUGCAGGCGAGCACGCAGCCCUCCACAGACAGCGGUCCCUGCCCCACCGGCCGCCUGUCAUCCCGCUAGUGGCUCGCAUCGCCGACCAGAACACAUCUGGCACCCCGGCCAUGACCGAGAGGGAAGCAUCCCGUCUGGAUAAAUUCAAACAGUUGUUGGCUGGGCCGAACACAGACCUAGAGGAGCUACGGAAACUCAGCUGGUCUGGAAUCCCACGACAAGUCCGACCGAUUACGUGGAAGCUGCUUUCAGGUUACCUGCCAGCCAAUGCAGAGAGGAGAGAAAGCGUCCUACAGAGGAAGAGACAAGAAUAUUUUGGCUUCAUCCAGCAAUACUACGACUCCCGCAAUGACGAACACCAUCAGGACACGUACAGACAGAUUCACAUUGACAUACCGAGAACUAAUCCUCUUAUUCCUCUCUUUCAACAAGCUUCUGUCCAAGAGAUAUUUGAACGGAUCCUGUUUAUUUGGGCCAUCCGCCACCCGGCCAGCGGCUACGUGCAAGGCAUCAACGACCUGGUCACGCCGUUCUUCGUCGUCUACGUCUUCGAGUACAUCGAGGAGGAAGUGGAAAACUUUGACGUGUCCAGUCUCCAGGAAGAGGCUCUAAGGAACAUUGAGGCUGACAGCUUCUGGUGCAUGAGCAAACUGCUGGACGGCAUCCAGGACAACUAUACAUUUGCCCAGCCAGGCAUCCAGAGGAAAGUCAAGGCCCUGGAGGAGCUGGUCAGCAGGAUUGAUGAGUCUGUGCAUCGCCACAUGCAGCAGUACGAGGUAGAGUACCUGCAGUUCGCCUUUCGCUGGAUGAACAACCUCCUGAUGAGGGAGCUGCCACUACGCUGCACAAUCCGACUGUGGGACACCUACCAGGCUGAACCAGAGGGUUUCUCCCAUUUCCAUCUCUAUGUGUGCGCUGCAUUCCUGGUGAGGUGGAGGAAAGAGAUUCUUGAGGAGAGGGAUUUUCAGGGCUUGAUGAUUCUCCUGCAGAACCUUUCCACAAUGCACUGGGGCAACGAGGAAGUAAGCGUGCUGCUGGCUGAAGCCUACAGGUUGAAGUUUGCCUUCGCCGACGCGCCCAACCACUACAAGAGAUGAUGAGCGUGGCUCUCUGCAGCUGCCCCACCCUUUCUCCUCUUCCUCCUCCUCCUCCUCCUUCCCCACACUCAUCUACUGAACUUCGAGGCUCUUACCCCCCCGUGGAAGGACUGCCUCAUUUUCUUAACCCCUGUUUCCCAUAUUGCCCAAUGGGCCUUUCAGCUACUAAGAGAUUUGAAUCAACCAAUGACUGAGAGGACGUGCUGUGUAGCACUCUAACAUGUUGAUGUGGAGCCUUUUUUUAAUUAUUUUUUUCUCUCUGAUCAGCUCUGAAAUGCGUGAUGUCGCAGUCCAGUGCAGACCUCUGAACGCUCUUCAUCAUUUAAGCUUGGUGACGCCUCAAAGUACAACCUCAGGUGUGAUGCAGGACCGUGAGCUAUUGCUCAGCACCGCCUGAGGUUUUCUUCAUGGCUCAGAAAAAUGUUCUUUCUCGCUUAUUGUUAUUUCUGAUACCAUGGCAAUACAUUGUUUUUUUUGUUCCCCGAGGCAACGAUUUGACCUUUUUUGUCAGUUUGCCAAGACAAAGAGAGAUGGCAAAAGGGCAGUGCGCUAGAUGGUUUACAUAUUUGAGCCCCUCUCUCCUGGCCACAACACAACCUGAAAGAACAUGACCUCUCCUGUUUUUCUGUGGGGGUAUUUUUUCCCCCAGCGUCAUGCCAGGAAAGACAGAUUGUUUUCCUUCAUGACAAAAUAACACACUAGAAUCCUACAGAGAGAGAGAUUGUCAGUCUACAAGUGGAGGAUUGCCUCUUUCCACAAACCACACACACAAACCAACUGAGUCCCUUUCCUUCAUCUCAUCCUCCAACAUCCCGGUGUUUGAGAGUAAGACAAACAGUGGUUAGAGACUGCCGGUCAGGAGAGUCACACAUGCGCAGAUCCACAUAAAACAAAAUAAUAAGCCAUUAGGAGUAAGAAAGCUACUUAUUCCCGCUCAUUAGGUUCUCCUCAUGAAGGGCCAUAUCUUAUCAAUUAGCUACUCCUCCUCUCUGAACUUAGGACUACCUCAGAACCAAAAACACACACAUUGUUACACACAUCACAUAACAACAAGAAACAAACAUGCACAUCAACUUGGGCGUCCAAACCGUUCAAAUCUAAACUGGAGUUCUCCUCAUGAAAGCUAAAUUUGUUAUUCACAGACAAAGGAACAGAUCCAAAUGUGUUAUUUUGCCUUUAUUAAGGUACAAAGUUAAGUUUCUUUCUUUGGAAUCAGUCAACCCCUCCUACACAGCUGACCUUUUGGCGCUAUUUUCAGUUGUCUCUUGGUUGGGUGAUUUGACUCCCUCUGCAGCCUAUAAAAUUUGGCAUAUCGAUGGAAGGGGUCUUCGACUGUUUGCUGAGAACAGACUUCAGAGCAGCUUGUCUGUUUUCGCCUGAUAGUACAAAUGAAGCACAAAUUGAAGACAUUUAGGAAGUAAAUGCCUCUAUCUUAAAGCAGUCUUGCAUCAUUGUUUAAUGUCUUUCUCUAACUUGGAGAAGCUAG